AUGUCAUCUACACUGUUAGAACGAACAAGAGCAUUACAUGAAGCUAUUGAAAGAUAUGAGUUGAUGAUUGUGGCUGAGCAGUCUGAAGAGCCAAAGACUAUGCGAGACAAUGUAAUGCUCAGUCAUCGCGUCAAUCACUAUCUCGAACAAUCAGUCAACUGUGCCAACGACUUGGCAAAGAUAUAUCAAGAUGAAGAUCAGACAAGACAGAAUGAGUUGUCAUCAAUUGCAGGUCAAGGACUGGCUACAUUCAGUGCAUUCUAUGAUAGACUUAGAGAGGUGAAGGAAUAUCAUCGCAAGUUCCCCGCACUCGAGGUGGACAGAGUAGGCACCUCGCUGUAUUACACACCCAACGUAACAUUCUCUGGCAAUGAGUCACAUGGUCGAUUCUUGGACUUGAAUGAGUUGUUUGAAGUAUACCUCAAUCUACCUUUUGUGGAUAAGACAUUGGACUAUGUUGGAUAUCUGUCGCUGUUCAAUAAGUUCAACUAUGACGACCAUCAAAGAUUCAAGAAUAAGAUGUACAGAAAGUAUCUCGAUAAGCUCAUUGCAUACCUUCAAUCAUUCAUGGAGCGUUCACAACCAAUGCUCGAUCUAAAGUCAAUCCUACAAGAUAAUAUACGCGAGUUUGAUGAGAAGUGGUCCAAUCAAGAGUUCUCAAGGAGUGCUGUGGCUGCCACCAAUGACACAUCACAACAUGAUCAAGUCGACAAUAAGAAGGAGAAACCACAACAAGAGGGUGAUAGCAAUGGCAAUGGCAAUGAUAGUGGCAAUGGCAAUGGUAAUGGAGAUGAACAACAUGAUAGCGCAACACAACCAGCCACCAACAAUACGGAGGAGAAGAAGGACGACCCCUCCUCGUCACUAUACUGUAAGGCUUGCAAGAAGUUGUUUGCCUCGCAGAACGUGUAUAAUGGACAUCUGAAAGGAAAGAAGCAUAUCAAGCUGUUUGAGAUCAUGAAGCAACUGGAGAGUGAGGGUGCCGGUCAGCAAGAGCAACACAAGCCAGUCUAUCUCCUCGAGUUCCACAUCAUCCAGCUCUGUGAGCGUCUGCACGAUCAGAUCCAAGAGACAAUCGACAGUGUCAUCAAGAAGCAAUCCAGAAGUAUAAAGGAGAUUGAGGACGACAUGAAUGCAGAGGAUGAAGAGAUUGCCGAUGUGAUGGUGGAUGACGAACCGACUAAACUGCGCAUUGCCAACUAUCCGGUGGACUGGAGUGGCAAGCCAAUACCAUACUGGGUAUACAAGUUCCAUGAGUUGGGCGUGGAGUACAAGUGCGAGAUCUGUGGCAAUCAAUCGUAUUGGGGCAGACGAGCUUUUGAGAAGCAUUUCCAAGAGUCCCGACACUCUUAUGGCAUGUCAUGCAUUGGCAUACCCAACACAAUACACUUCCAUCACAUCACCAAGAUCAAAGACGCACUGGAUCUCAACAAGAAGAUCAAGGAGAUGAACGUCACCACCACCUUCCGUUCAGAUCGCGACGAAGAAUACGAAGAUGAACAAGGUGAAGUCAUGAACAAGAAGACCUACGACAUGCUACUCAAGCAGGGUCUAAUUAAAAAG